UCAACAAUUGCUUCCUAGGGUUUCGUCAAUGUUGAUGAACCACGGAUCCUAAACUCACCGAUCUUCGAUUCCUUGUUUUGAAAUCCCCAAUUACUGGUACUGUGCGUAAAAACCCUUGAGAAACCCUAGAAUUUUCCGUUCAGUGAAAUUGUCAACGAGGGUAAUGGCGUCUGGUCCUAUAUCCGGUGGUGGAGUUUCGAAGACGAAGCAUAAAUGGAGUGAUAGUGGCAACAAAAGCCAAAAACGAUCGAAGCCCACGAUGGCGAAGUCGAAUUCGCUUGGGUCUGAAGAUAAUCAUCAGAUGAUGAAGAUAAGUUUGAGCUCAAUUUCGAAGCUUGAAGUUAGAAACUUGAAGCGGAAACUACAAGCUGAGCUUGAAGAAGUUAGAAGCUUGAUCAAGCGACUCGAACCACAAGCUCCCGUGCCGAACAAGAAGCUGAAAACAGCAAACGGUGGUAAGAAGAGUGGAGUACAUGGAGCUGCUGAUAAAGGUACUGUUCAGAUUUUGAAGAGCUGCAACAAUUUGCUUACGAAAUUAAUGAAGCAUAAGUCUGGAUGGGUUUUCAAUACUCCAGUUGAUGCAGUUAGGCUUGGUUUACAUGAUUAUCACAAUAUUGUUGAGAAGCCUAUGGAUCUAGGAACAGUGAAGACUAGGUUGAGUAAGAGUUGGUAUAAGUCACCAUUGGAGUUUGCUGAGGAUGUGAGACUUACUUUUAACAAUGCAAUGCUGUAUAAUCCCGUGGGGCAUGAUGUGCAUCAUAUGGCUGAGUUUUUGUUGAAUCUGUUUGAAGAGAAAUGGGCGCCUCUUGAAACGCAGUAUGAAUUACUUAAUAGGAAGCAACAACCAGUCCGUGAUAUCGAUCUCCAUGCUCCUGUUUCAACAAACACUCUUAACAUAGAGCCAUUUCCGUUACCUGCUCCUCCUCCUCCUACAGUAGUUGAAAAUAGGACUUUGGAGAGAGCAGAAUCUAUGACAAACCCAGUGAAACCUGCAGUUCUACCUGUUGUUCCCGAGAAGCCUGUAGAAGAGGCGUCUGCAAACAGGGACUUGACGUUUGAUGAGAAGCGGAGACUUAGUGAAGACCUUCAGGAUUUACCUUAUGACAAGCUAGAGGCAGUUGUGCAGAUUAUAAAGAAGAGUAAUCCAGAACUCUCUCAACAAGAUGAUGAGAUUGAGUUAGAUAUUGAUAGUCUUGAUCUGGAAACACUUUGGGAGCUUUACAGAUUCGUGACUGAAUAUAAGGAGAGCUCGAGCAAGAAAAAAGAGGAACAUGGAUUAGACUUAGAAAGAGAUGCUGAAUCUUUUCACAAUAGUGUGCAAGAACCGAACACGCUAGUAACUGGCCUUGAAUCGUCAAAACUUACUGAAUUAGGUCAUGUGGCAUCUCCUGUUCGACAAGAAGUAAAUGUUGGAGGAUCAAGUAGUUCUAACAGUUCUAGUAGUGGCUCAGGCUCGGGUUCUAGUGAUUCUGACAGUGAUAGCUCAGGGCAUGGAUCUGAUAUCGGACAAUGGGUUUGGGACAAUGUCUCUUACCCUCUUUAUACUGAGAAGAGCUGUCCUUAUUUAGUCAAACAAACAACAUGUCAACGAAAUGGACGGCCUGAUUCUUAUUACCAGAACUGGAGAUGGAAACCGAGCUCAUGCGACUUGCCCAGGUUCAAUGCUCUGAAACUGUUGAAUGUGUUAAGAAACAAAAGACUAAUGUUCAUAGGAGACUCAGUGCAGAGAAGCACGUUCGAGUCAAUGGUCUGUAUGGUACAAUCAGUAAUUCCUGACAAGAAGAAGUCCUUUCACAGGAUUCCUCCUAUGAAGAUCUUCAAAGCUGAGGAAUACAAUGUAUCCAUCGAGUAUUACUGGGCACCUUUCAUCGUGGAAUCAAUUUCAGAUCAUGCAACUAAUCAUACAGUUCACAAAAGGUUGGUUAACCUCGACGCCAUUGAAAAACAUAGCAAGAGCUGGGAAGGCGUUGAUGUUCUAGUCUUUGAGAGCUAUGUAUGGUGGAUGCAUCAACCUAAGAUCAAUGCAACGUAUGGAGAUACCAGUGAAGUCCAAGAGUAUAAUGUGACGACUGCUUAUAAAAUGGCGUUAGAAACAUGGGCCAAGUGGUUUAAGGCGAAGAUCAAUCCGAGAAGCAAAGAGUUUUCUUCACGAGUAUGUCUCCGACUCAUCUAUGGUAUGAGCUGGGAGUGGAAUCCGGGGAGCGAUGGAACCUGUUAUGAUGAGUUAUAUCCAAUAGACAAAAGAUCAUAUUGGGGCACAGGAUCAAAUCAAGAAAUCAUGAAGACUGUUGGUGACGUUCUAAGCAGAGUUGGAGAAAAUGUUACAUUCCUGAACAUUACGCAACUGUCAGAAUAUAGGAAGGAUGGACAUACGACUGUCUAUGGCGAACGGAGAGGGAAGCUCUUGACAAAGGAACAGAGAGCUGAUCCGAAAAACUAUGGAGAUUGCAUCCACUGGUGUUUGCCAGGAGUUCCUGAUACAUGGAACUGAGAUUCUCUAUGCAUAUUUGCUUCGCAGUCACCGCAAUUUCUUCUGAUCCCUUCUCAGGGAGUGUCAAGCUCAAGUUUAUUAAGUUUUACCAACAAUGGUUUUCAUUUUGGAGCAGAUAUGAGAGCAAGAAAAGAUAGGAUAAUUU